AAAAAAAAAAAAAAAAACCAAAAAAACAAACGCGGCGUAAUUCUCCCCCAAUAUAAAUCUCUCUCCCUCCAUUAGGGUUUCCCCCAAACACCCCAAAAAACAAAAAAUUAAAUUAAAAAAAAAAUCCAUUCCUUUCAAGUCUCAACAUUCAUUCAUUGAUUCCUUUUGAGUUGUCCAAAAUCCAAAUUUUCUUCCGUAAUUGUUUCCGUUAAAUGUAAAAUAAAAAAAUAAAAAAAAAAAUGCCCGCGACGACGGACUAUUCCGCGACGGGAUUUUCUCACUUCGGGCGUCCGAUGGAUGGCCACGCCGAUUCCUUGGAAGCCGAGUUGGAGUCUUUUCAUCGGAACCUCGCCGACCGCUUUCUCGAUUUGUGUUCCGACGACCUUUUGUCGGUUCCGUGGAUUCAGAAGCUUCUCGACGCCUUCCUCUCCUGCCAGGACGAUUUCCGCUCAAUUCUCUUCAAUCACAGGUCCAUGGUUUUUAGGGCUCCCUUGGAUCGGAUGGUUUCGGAUUAUUUCGAGCGGAGCGUAAAGGGUUUGGAUGUUUGUAACGCCAUUAGAGACGGAAUUGAGCAGAUCCGGCAAUGGCAGAAGCUUCUUGAGAUUGUUCAUGUCGCUCUCGGGAAUCAACGGAGCCUCGGGGAAGGCCAAUUCAGGAGGGCGAAGAAGGCGCUUAUCGAUUUGGCGAUCGGAAUGCUUGACGAUAAGGAUUCCGCCGCCGCGGUGACCUCGCACCGCAAUCGCUCCUUCGGGCGGAACCCGAACAGUAAUGCCCGGAAUUUGGGGCAUUUUCGGUCGCUUUCGUGGAGCGUGUCGCGGUCGUGGUCCGCGGCGCGGCAGCUGCAGGCGAUCGCCACCAACGUGGCCGCGCCUCGGGCCAACGAGGUAGUGGCAACGAGUGGCCUUGCUGUCGCGGUCUACGCUGCUAAUUCCGUCUUGCUUUUUGCAAUGUGGGCGUUGGUGGCGGCCAUCCCGUGCCAGGACCGCGGCCUGCAGGUCCACUUCUCGGUCCCCCGGCAGCUUCCGUGGGCCGGGCCGAUGAUGGCGCUGCACGAGAAGAUCAUGGAGGAGUCCAAAAGGAGGGACCGGAGAAACUCCUGCGGGCUUUUGAAGGAGAUUCACGAGAUCGAGAAAUGCUCGCGGGUUAUGAGCGAAUUGUGCGAUUCGGUUUCGUUUCCGAUUUCGGAGGAGAAGGAGAAGGAGGUCAGACAGAGAGUUCAAGAGCUCUCCAUCAUUGUUGAGGCAUUAAGGUAUGGUUUGGACCCUUUGGAGAGACAAGUUAGAGAUGUUUUCCAUAGGAUUGUGAGAAGCAGAACAGAAGGGCUCGACUCUUUGGGAAGAGCAAAUUAUUCAGAGUAGUGGGAAUUGAUAAUAUGGAUUUGUUGUCAAUGUUUGACAAUGUCAGGAGGAUCAUGGAAAAGGAAACAAGAACAGAAAGAGGUUGCCAAUCAAGGAAUGAAUAACGAGGAAUGAAAAAGAGUGUAAGAAAGACAAGUUUCUUUGUAUUUAUUCACCAUAUAUUGUGUAAAGAGAUUUAGAGAUGGAUAUAUGCUCUGUUGUUGUAUUUA